CACAGACACACACACACACACACGCACGCACGCGCGCGCUCGCACGUACACACACACACACACACACACACAUAAACAGAUACGCACACACCCGCAAACAUUACAAGUACGAGGUAUAUUCCUGGUUUUGCCCCGAGAAACUGCCUGUCUGUGUGUCUGUGGGGGGUUUCAAUGUGUGCUGUUGUGUCGGUGUGUGUGUGUGUGUGUUUGUUUCUUUGUGUUGCUGGAGGUAUUCUUUAAGGUGGUUGAUCUUGUCUCCCCACGUUGAAGCCUGUGUGCUUCGUUUCUGCGGCGUACCUAGGUAUUUUCUUUGUUUUGCUGAUGUCUCCACUGCAAGACAUUUGUUUUGUUCUCAGUGAUCUAUGGUUUUCUCGCCUGCCAGGUUUUCAAACAUUUUAUGCUUUUGUUUGGAUUUUAUAUGGGGGGGAAACAAGCCGUCAGUAAACCCCCUUUUGAGGGGGUUUCAGAAAAAGUCACGUGACAUGCACUUGAGGAACUCAUGAGGAUCUCUAAGAACUGUGUGUCUGUGUUGUGUUGUAGGUAUUUCUUUGCAGUGCUGGCCAUCCUCACCGUUCUAGGGGUACUCAAUGGACUGGUGCUGCUCCCUGUGUUGCUCUCCUACUUUGGACCUUAUCCCGAGGUGACGCCGGUGGACGGUGGUAGCCGCCUGCCGACCCCCUCCCCCGAGGCCCCCCCACAGGUGGUCCACUUCUCGGUCCGCCACCACGACCCCGCCACCAACGCAUCCGGUGCCACGUCCGACUCCUCGGACUCGGAGUACAGCUCCAACACCAGCCACGACCUGCAGCAGUACGGCCUCCCGGCAGACAGGGGGCGAGCUCGAGCCGCAGGGCCAGAGGAGCAGCAGCAGCAGUACCACCUCCCCACCAGCAGGGGCAGAGCAGCUAGGACAGAGGAGGAGCGGAGGGCUGGGGCGGGUCAUAGGCACUCGGCCAGGCAGACCGUGCCCCCAGCCUACAACGUAUCCUCGUCCAACCCACCUCAGGGCACGGACCCCCGACCCCAACCUGGGGCAUUCCGUCGCCACGGCAACAGGGACCACCCCAAGGGCCAGCAGCCCCCGCCCCCGGGCCAGCCGCGCAUGGACGCUUUCGAAUCGGCCAGUGAGGCCGGGGGCCACCACGGCUCAGCGGGCUUCGGCCACAGGGACCCCAGGGCCCGCCCCUCCCAUAACAACCGGCCCAAUCACCACCCACCUCACCACUCGAACCCCGCCCCUUUCUGCCAGCCCAUCACCACGGUGACCGCCUCGGCCUCCAUCACCGUGGCCGUUCACGCCGCGCCCCCCGCCUGCCAGAGCCACCCGGCCUCCUCGUACCCGGGGUACACCGCGGCGGAGGGCUACUACCCGUCAGGUGCAGCUGCUUCAAGGCCGGGGCCCGGGCCGGAGCCUGGCUUUCAGGACCCUCACGUGCCACUGGACACCCAGCCGGAGCCCGGCGGAGCCAAGAUGGACGCCAUGGAGCUGCAGGACAUGGAGUCGGAGGCCGACGAGAGGAACUACAGACGGGCGAGCUGAGGGGGCGGAGAGCGAAAGCACAACGACCAAAGAUUGGACACAUUGGUAUUGUUAGGCAGCUGUCCCAGCUCCGUCUGAACCAGCCCUGCUCGGCUCAGCCCGGUCCGGCCCCGGUCCGGCCCCGGCCCAUCUCCGGUCCGGCCCCCGUCCGGCCCCGGUCUGACCCGCUCUGACCCGGUCUUGCACCGGCAACCGUCCCGCGGCCACAGGCAGCAAGACACUCUUCAGUGUUGGCGUCAUGGUGCUCAUAUUUACUGUAGUCAAGUGGACUGUCGUUGUCAUAGCUAUUUUUAUCUAUAUUUAAGAGAUGUACACUUGUAAAUAUGAACAAAAACGUAGCUAUAAUUGUUGUACAAAGUUGUACAACUCCUCUUUUGUAAACAGACUGGGGCUGCCAUUAAGCAUGGCCUGUGUAUGUAUGUGUGUGUGUGUGUGUGUGUGUGUGUGUGUGUGUGUGUGUGUGUGUGUGUGUGUGUGUGUGUGUGUGUGUGUGUGUGUGUGUGUGUGUGUGUGUGUGUGUUUCAGAAGAGAUUUCAGAUUACUGUUCUCUGUGGAUCUGUGCCAUGAGGAAGCUUCAUCUACAUACCUGUCAGCAUUCAGUGUUGCUGCUUAAACUAUUUUGAAAAUAAUGUACAUUUAUAACUCUAUGCAAAUGUCUCUUUUAAACAAUAGAAUUGUGUACGAGUGUGUGUGUGUGUGAGUGCGCAUCAGUUUGCGCAGGUGCGAGUGUGUGUGUACUGGGUGUUCUUUCUAAGUAUGGCUGUAUAAUGAGUGAAAGCCUGGCUUGUCCUGGUUCCUCCAUCAGAUUUAUCUUCAAAAACACACUAACAUUUACACUCAUUUUGAACAUGAGGGAAAUUGUUAGAAUUUCCCAACAGGGCUCUUGUGUAUGUAUGUACAAGUAUAAAAUUGUAUACGUGUGCGUCGAUAUAUUGUAUAAAGGUAUGCAUUUUGAGGAUUUCUUUUUAUCACAAACCUGUGGUAGUUAUAAAACAGUUAGUGUUUAACUUGACACACGCUAUGCGUGCUAUUUAAGACAAGCAGAUAUGAAGAAGAUGUUUUUUGUUAUUUUGUUUCAGGUCGAUCGUGUCUGUCGCUCAAUAGGUUUAGCCCCCCUUCAUUGAGACCUAAUUGAUUCCUCAUUUCCGUUGGUUCUAAACCUAGCUUUUCAAGUUAGGUAACUGCUCUGGUGUUGUAACGUAGCAGGAUUUAGUUCUAUCUCUUUCGCUCCUCCAUACUGACAUACGGUCAGUGAACCAAACUCUGGAACCCAAAACCACAAAUAUUGUGGUCGUAAACAUUACUGAUUCUGGACCAGGGAGAAAGGAGAGCUGAACUUAUUGUUCUCUUUGUGGGAUUUUUUGUAGUUAAUAAGCUAAAGUUGGGAAAACUCUAGGACUCAACUCAACUGGGGUCUUGACUGCGUUCAAGCAUUUCUCUUACAAAAACAACUCAGUUCACAUCCGCCCCAACAAUAAGCUAGCCAAAGUGUAAGGGGCUAAGCCCUAUAUGUCCUGACAAUGUGCUCUGUACGUCUGUGUAAAGAUUCAUGUGUGCAUUUCCCUCAUCUGUACCCCCCUAUGGCCCCAACUCUGCCCUAGCAAUCAGCAAUGACCUCAAGCGAUAAAAGUCCUCGGCAUUACACCAGCAGACUAAUUGAAAUCCGCCUCUAAUAGUGCAAUGGUACAGUCCAGAGCCUCGGGUCAGAAUGUACCCCCCUCUCUCGAUCAUUACCUUUUCUGCUAUCCAUGUCCUGUUAUGUGUCUGCAUUCAUUUGAAUCUAUCUAGAUGUGUGUGUGCUUGUGUGUGUGUGUGUGCCCAUAUAUCAUCAUAAUUAUAACUCAAAACCCCUCCACCAUAGCCAGCUACACUUUGGAAAUCCAUCUCCACACCCCCACUACCAUGGCUACCUGACGUAGGUUUUUAGAAUCCUCCUUUUGUCCGGUGUAAUGUUUCUGCUGCUUGCAUGAAAUAUAGGUUGUUGUAUUUGUUUGUUUUUCAAUGUCUUUGUUUUUUGUGUUUUUCUCCUCCUGAUGUCACAUUGGCAGUAACGGAGCGAAUUAUGGCUGGCAACUAUUUUAUUCCGUUUUAAAUGUAUUUUUUUUGUUUUAUUUUGAAUAUUCAAUUUGCUAUAUUUAUAUUUUGUAACAUAAGAUGUUUUUGUUUUUUCUUUCAUUAUUGGUCACGAUGCCAGUGGAUAACAAAUGCAGGGAUUUUUAUGUCUAUUGAAAAAAAAAACACUAUAACGGUUUAAUGUUUUUUACAUUAAUGGAGUUUGAUCUGUAUAAAGUGCUUACUAAUGUUAAAUAGGAAAAAAAGAAUAUAUAACAUUUUACACUACGAGUCUCAUAGCGCUUAGAGGAUCUUAAAAGGAAAAACAAAAAACAAUGGUUCUCCCAGGCUGCCAUUUUGGUCUUGGUUGGUGUGGAUGUAUGUUGUUUUCAGUUACAAAGAUAAAUGUAUGCCAUAUAAUUUAUUUAUAUGAAAAAUUAUUUUUGUAGUGUACAUAGUAGUUGUCAAGGUAUUUGACAGAAGUAUAUUUUUAAAGAGUUUAUAUGUAAUGAUAUACCGUAACGAAACCUUAAGGUGCACAUUUUGAUUGCUAACUGUCUUCUGAGAUGACAUGGACACCCCUCCCUCCCCCUUCCUCUCCCUCCCUCCCCCCCCCUUCCUCCCCCCUACAGUAUUAUGUUCCAGUCCCUGGUGAGAGAACUCAGACAGUGCCUUUCUAUGGGCUGGUCAAAGACUAGCCAUGAAAGUAGAAAAUUGUACUAGCUCUCUAAAUAUUAAUGUUCAAACACUGAUAGAAUUCUAACAAAUAAAAAUAUUAUAACUUA